AUGCUCGCAUACUCGGCAUUCUUAUCGACACUACUUGUUUAUGCUCUAGCCUCCGGUGGCGCUGUCUCCAACCGCACGCUGGUCACGAUAUCUUAUCGUGGAAACCGACUCGACAUCCGUCAUGUACCGAAUAUGAUGGCAAAGGUCAUAUCUGCUUCCGGUGGAAGAGCAUACGCCCUCACCCAAGAUGACCAUGAGUGCGAGCGGUGUUUCGCUCAAGAUGGUAUGGUAUAUGACUUGAAGGCGAUAGGGAUCCAGAUUGUAGAGUCUAAAUGCUCAGUUGGUCACAGUCAAAUUCUGGACUACUUGAGGAAAGCCGAAGAUUUGCUCGACAUUGAAUUUGAAUGUGAGCCAGACUCUGAGGUCAGUCUGGUCCCGAAUCCCUUAUCACAUACGGCCCAAACAUCUCAUAUAAUUACCACCAAGUGUAAUGGUGGCAAUUCUGUUCUCGGUACCAACGACCCCGCCUCCUCCUGCCAGCGUAACCUCGAGGUUAUCCGCCUAGGGGCUGCCUGGGAAGCCGUUCGCUCAGCCGGACCGGAGCUGAAGGAUGUUAUCUUGGCCAUCAUCGAUAGUGGUGUUGACAUGACUCAUCCCGACUUGGUCAAUCAAUUCUGGAGGAACCCAUCUGACAACUCUAUUGGCUUCAACUUCAUAACGAACAGUACUAAUGUUGCUGAUGACAAUGGCCAUGGUACUCACUGUGCCGGGAAUGCAGCCGCUCAGACUAAUAAUAGCAUCGGUAUUGCAGGAGUGGCGAAUAUGGAUGGAUCGAUGCCCCAUGUGAAGCUGAUGAUUUUGAAGUUCGUUGACUCAUACGGGUCUGGCCUGGCCAGUGACGCAAUGAGGGCUCUCAACUUCGCGGUCGAGAAUGGUGCCGCAUUGUCCUCUCAUUCAUAUGGCUAUGCUAUCCCGAAAAAACUCCUGGAAACUGGUUUCAAGAACGCUGCUGCUGCUGGGCAUGUUACAAUUGUUUCUGCUGGAAAUAACAGAGCUAGAUUAGAGGAUGAUGCACAUUAUCCGUGCUCCUAUGCGCCAGAAAUCCCAUCUAUGCUCUGUAUCGCUGCCAGUACUUCUGACCCAACUGAAACCGUCUCUCUGGCUAGUUUUUCGAAUGCUGCUACGUUUAUAAAGGUGGCCGCUCCCGGUGUUUAUAUCUAUUCGACCAUGCCAAGAGGGUCAUAUGGCUAUAUGAGUGGUACAUCGAUGUCGACCCCCACUACUGCCGGUGUCGCGGCUUUGCUGGCUACUCUGGGUCUCAAAGGCCAGGAUAUAACGAACAUCAUCAUAAAUUCUAGGACAACUGGUAUCCCCAAUGAGUUCAAUCUAUCUGACAUCGGAGAGGUGGAUACUCUCAAGGCCGUUCAAAUGGCUCUCAAGCAAGUGAUCAGCUUCGCAGCGAGUAAUUCGCUCAGGGGUUACGGACGCUGA